CAUCUGAGUAAAACAUCGAGACUGCAGCCUCAUUAAUAUCUCACCAAAGCCCAAGAAUUGUCUGUUGCAUUGAGCCUUUUAGGUGCUAAACGGCGGCUGUCGGUCGGACACACAACACAAUGCUUCUUGACGACGCCAAGAGGUCCAUCAUAUCGCGCCAUGCCGACCAUCUAUUGAGCACAAGGCCUUGGCCAAAGACGAUCUGCCCCUCCGAGAUUGCCCGCGCGUUAUCAACAGAGGAACUGCGUACACUAGAUGCGUCAGUGUGGAGGGACACCAUGGGUCAUAUACGACAGAUAAUGUGGGAGAGGAGAGAGGCAGGACAAGUCGAAGUGAUGCAGAAGGGCCAAGUGGUGGACGUGGAGAGCUUGGAGGAUAUCAGAGGACCGAUAAGAGUGAGAAACGUAAGAGGAUAAUACAACAUCAGCAAAUGCUCUAACUGCUGUUGCGGAUUACAACAUGUAUAGUAAUUUCGAUGCAAUACAGGAAA